AUGGAUAUGAGCAACAUGGACCAUUCGGGCAGUUCGAGCUCGUCGUCGUCAUCCUCCAGCAUGUCGAUGGCCAUGGUUUUUGUCAACGCCCAUGACACGCCUCUCUUCGCCAAUAACUGGACCCCCUCGUCCAGCGGCUCGUACGCCGGCACCUGCAUCUUCCUCAUCGUCUUGUCGAUCAUCGGCCGCCUGCUGGUGGCAUUCAAGGCCGUCAUGGAGACCCAUUGGCUCAACACGCACCUCAACCGUCGCUAUGUCACUAUUGCCGGCAAGACGCCAGAAGUCGGUCGCAUUGAUUCCGACCCCGAAACAAAAACAGCCUCCCUCGUCACGGCGCAGGGCGUCGAAGAGUCCGUCCGGGUGGUGCGGCGGGUUGCGCGUGAGCCCAUCCCGUGGAGAUUCAGUGUGGAUCUACCGCGGGCUUUUCUGUUCCUUGUCAUUACGGGUGUAUCAUACCUCCUCAUGUUGGCCGUAAUGACCAUGAACGUCGGAUAUUUCUGCUCCGUUCUCGCGGGCGCGUUUCUCGGAGAACUCGCAGUCGGACGCUACAUUCAGUUCAACGAGCACGGACAUUGA